AUGGCUUUAUGUGAACUCCCCUUCCACGAUUUGGAGAUGAGCGAGCCUGCUCCCUCCGAGGUGCAUCAGUUCAAGGGCAAGACUUUUUACUGCUGGCUACUCUCAGACACCGAGCGAUCUCACAUCGCUGACAUGCUGCAAAUGGACGUGGCCGACCUCAACAUCAAAGGCGCCAACUUCACCGAGGACCGCGCCAAGUGCCGCGGAUGCGGCAAGCACUCUGGCUUCGAUGACUUUGUGCACAAUGCUCUUUAUGCUGGCAUCCACUCUGUCGACUUUAUCAAGGACUACAUUUUCGGCAAUAUUAAUCCGGGCGCAGGCCUCGUUGGCCAUGAACUGACCUGCUCGCGAUGUGCUACCAAGCAUGAGAACAUGAGUUAUUGGGAUCACGAGUUCUCGUGGCGAUCUGUCUGA